AUUACUGUGUUGACAAAUUCACAGUGGCAGGCCAGCAGGCACACCCCACUUAAGGAAACCACAGUUACCAAGUAUCAACACAAACACAUGAACUCAAGGGCUCUGGCUGGAGAAAAACUAAGGCCUAGCAGUAGAAUGUCGCACAAGUCAAAGGCUUAUAAGAAUCAAACCAGGUCUGAUGUUUUGGAGGCUGGUCUCAGCGGUCAGGAGAGGACCAUUGCGGUGCUGCUGGAGCAGGCUUUCAGGAUCAAAGAGGAGGUGGCAGCAGGUCUGCAGUCCACCCGGGGCUCCAUCCAGGUGGAGGCACUGUCCCGCAAGCUGCUGGAGAAUCACAUACUGACUAUUACACGCAUUGUUAAGCAGCUUAGCUUGGACAUACAGGCCCUGGAGAAACAGAUCAAAGAGCGGGACUUGACCACCUCUGGAACUACACUGGCCUUUCAGGAACUGGACCAGAGGAACAUGGCCGGCUUUGGAAACCUGAGAGGAAGAGUAGCAAGGUGUGAUGCCAGCAUUGCCAAGCUGAGCGCUGGCGUGAUCUCGGGGGAGCAGCAGCUGAUUAGACUGCAGCAGGAAGUGACAGAGCUCAGGUCGGCUGUGGACGGAUGUCUCAAAGAGCUGAAAGUCAAGAUUUAUCAUGACCUGGGGAGGCUGGAGGCCUCAGCGUCAGAGCGUUAUCAGGGUCAGAAGUGCACCACGUCUGAUCUGCAGGCACAGGUUAAACAACUAGAUGACAGGAUCUCUGUAGGUCUAAAGGAAGCAAAAGAGCAAAGAGAUUCACUGAGGAAGUGGACAGAGCAACGGCUGAGCACCUCCACUGAGCGCUGCACACAACAGCUUAACAAAAUGAUUGAAUCAGUAUCUAUAUUAGCUGACCGGCUCUGUGCUCUGGAGGCCCGCAUGAAACAGUGUGAGACCCAGCAGGAACAGACCCACCGCAGACUGGUCGACCUGCUGAAACGCCAUGAAACCAAACUAACGAAGAGCAUUACCUCAGUGGAGAGCGACCUUCAUCAGGAGCUGCAGCUGCUCAAACAGGAAUCCCACAAAGGUUUCCUGUCUGUGCAUGAUGCCGUUGAGUCCCUGAGGCAGAUAGGUGACAUCAAGUCCCAGCUCAACAAAAAAGAGCUUCAGAGGGAUUUUAGGCUCAACAAUAGCAAGGUGACAGACCUUCAUGGUCUGUAA